AGACUGAACACGGUUACUGGUACUACACAGUCUACCUUUCGCGCACGAUCCCACUACGACACCAGUGCGACUACAGACUAUACAUACAACGCUGCCGUGUUGUAGGUACUACAGUGGUUAUAUUUUCUCUCUCGCACACGCGCGCGCCGGGUCGCUUCGCAUCGUUUUCAGUUGUUUUCCGUCAUUAAACGGCAUACAUACCGUCGUUCGUUCUUCGAAAUAAAAGUAUUCUAUCCGUCGCGUCCGACAAACUACYGACGGCACCCCACGUUUCGUUGAUACGAUACGAGAAGGAGAGGCAGUGAGCAGUCAGUCAUCGAGUUACCGAGUGAGAGGUAAACGGUGUUCAGCGGCAAGUAUCCCGGCCGGCAGACCUGAGCAUUUCAUUGGAAACGCGGUUAUCGCGGUAUCCGUCGGAAGCGCGCGCGUUACUACAGAGUAACCACCGCCGCUUGUCCGGGUGACAUACGCACUCACGCACACAUACACUCGCCGCGUCAGAAGCAACGCGUCGUAUACUCGUAUACCACGCCAAACGUGUCCGUUAUUGAAUUUCUCGUCGACGUAACACCGACAUCAUAACCAAAAUGGCUGAUCAACUAACAGAAGAACAGAUUGCCGAAUUCAAAGAGGCAUUUUCACUAUUCGACAAGGAUGGAGAUGGUACCAUCACUACCAAAGAACUUGGAACCGUAAUGCGGUCUUUAGGCCAAAAUCCGACUGAAGCUGAACUCCAAGAUAUGAUUAACGAAGUCGAUGCUGAUGGCAACGGCACGAUAGAUUUCCCAGAGUUCUUGACUAUGAUGGCCCGCAAAAUGAAGGAUACCGAUAGUGAGGAAGAAAUUAGGGAGGCUUUCCGUGUAUUUGAUAAGGAUGGAAAUGGCUUUAUUAGUGCAGCUGAGCUGCGUCAUGUGAUGACUAACCUUGGAGAAAAACUCACCGAUGAGGAGGUUGAUGAAAUGAUCAGGGAAGCUGAUAUUGAUGGUGAUGGUCAAGUCAACUAUGAAGAGUUCGUGACCAUGAUGACUUCUAAGUGAAAUGUGUUUCAUUAUUAAUUAUUAUUAUGUAAUUUUUUAUCAUAUUUUUUUUUCAAAAAAAAAAAAAGGAAGAAAUUAACCUGCAUUUUUUUUUUUUUUGUUCGAGUAAGCUUUAAAAAGAUAAUGUGAUUAUCAAAAA